UCCGGGACGCCUCCGGUCUCCCCGUUUCCAGGAACAGAAGUCCCGCCGCCGCGCGCGGGUCCCAGGGGCGCGUGACGCGGUUUAUUGUGGCAACGGGUCCCGGCAGCUGCCCAGGCUGACGUCGGUGCGGCUGAUUCCAGGGGGACCUGCAGCCCUCAGAUGGAAGCUGUCCUGCCCAGGGACACUGUGAGCAGCCCCGAAGGUUUGGAAAAACAAGCCCAGUUGGGAAGCUUGCCCGGAACCGUUCUUGAAAGUUCCACACCUCUUAGUGAAAGAAAUGGAAGAGUAAAUUCAGUCCUAGGGUCCGGCGGACCGAUCCGUAAGCCCCAAGCCCUAGAGAAUGGAGAGCGACCGAAGUCGUCAGACAUCCUGGAGGAAUUAAUUGUUCAAGGAAUAAUACAGAGCCACAGCAAAGGAUCUAGAAAUGGAGAAUCAGAUGAUAUCAUGGUAGACACGGCCAAGGCACCGCUGAGAAAGCCACCAGCCAGGCUGGAAAAACUUAAGAUCGACAAGGAGGCGAAGGCCUUCCCGGUGAAGGUCAGAGCAGAGGGGCAGCGGGCGGUGGAGCCGGGCAGGAAGGCACCCCAGCUCCUGCAGGAGGUGGAAGAAGAAGUAGAAGGGCUGUGGGGUGACGGGCGCUGGCCCCCAGGUAGUCCCUCAGGUCCUGCUGAAGCGGGCGGCGCUGAGCAUCCUCUUGCCAAAGGACCCCAGGCCGGGCGUGGACCUGCUGACCCCCAGGACGGGAAGCUGCUGAGAAGGGAGGCGAGUCGGGGGGCUGCCGCGUCAAGGGCUAGAAACUUCAGUUACGGCGGCAUCGGGGCUGUGGAGUCAGACGUGUCCUACAACCAGGCAGAUGACGAAUUCUAAUAAGCCCUCUUACGUGGAUUUCGUGAAAAGGCGUCACUCCGCCCUGGUGACAUUCUUAGUCUGUCUCCUGUCUCCUGCCUGCAGCCCGCCGGGAUUUGCCUUGGGUUUGGGAACGAUCGCGGGGCCGAACGGGCUGGAGAUGCGUCAGGUGCCUUCAGCGUCCCUGCCAGCUUUGAACUUGACCAACGUCAAGGUUAGGAAGUCGGCAUUCUCCUCCAACGCGGAUUUAGACACUGUGAUGAAGAUGCGUUUCAUUUACAAGUUCCUUCCAAUCUAAUGUGUUCAUGCCAAAUAGAAUCCUUCUUUCGUGCUCCUGCCCGUUCGCUGUGCCCACCUGAGAGGGUCCUUUGAGACAAAUUGCGCGGAUUCGUAUUAAGCAUUUUAAUGAUCUGUAUGCUUCCUAUGCUGUAUGUUUAGUUUUUUUCUUUAAUUCUCUGUGUGUUGUGAAGGCUGAAGGCACUGUCUUGAAGUCAGUUCAAUUACAGUUUCAUCCAUACAGCUUAAGGAAGCAAUUGCCAGUCUGAGAAUUAAAUAUAGAGUUUUCUUCAUAUGAAAAAAGAAAACUUCAGCUGGGUGUAGGGGCGGGAGCAGGUCCAGGGGAGGGGGUAGGCCGGGAGGGGGCCCUA